AUGGCCUACUACGGCGGUGACCCUUACGCUCGCCCCCCAUCAGACAGACCUCCUUACGAUCGUCCACCAUACGAUCGUCCACCAUACGAGCAAUCUCCCUACGAUAGACCUCCCUACGACCGCGGAUAUAGCGGUCCUCCCCCAGGCGCUCGCCCCCUCCAGGCCCCCCACCACCCCUCCCACCAGGCUGGCACCAGGAAUGGGAGCCCAACGCCCGUCGCGCAUUCUGGGUUGAGGAUGCCACCGGUCGUCCCCAAUGGGAGCCUCCUUUCGGCCCUGGCGGUCCUGGCUACGAAUAUGGCGCUCGUGGUGGUCCCCCACCUGAGCCUGGUUACUAUCCUCCUCAGGGCCCUCCUCCUGGAGCUUAUGACCAGCGCGGUCCCGGUGGCUAUGAUUACCAACAACAACAGCAGCAACAGCCUGAGCAAAAGAGCAACACUGGAAAGUACAUUGCAGCUGGUUUGGCUGGUGUGGCUGUCGGUGGAUUGGCAGGUGCUUUCAUUGAGCACGAAGUUGGUAUGUUUGAAUGAGAACAACGAGGAGGACGAUGAACGUCGUGCCUAUGAAGAUGGUCGCGAGGACCAAUAUGAAGACGACGGCGGCUGGUAAUGUCAAUUUGUGGAGUGAUCGGCACUAUCAUAGCCAUUCCAAGCAAUUUCGAGGUUCAUUCCGUGGUUUUCGAUUCGGGAUUCGGCACGGAUUUUAGCGCAUUAUUACAGGGAAUAUUCUAGCC